CGAGGUAUCGUAUCAUUUUGAUCUUUUCAAAGGAAAGGCAGAGCGAGCGAGCGAGAGAGAGAGCGAGAGAGAGAGCGAGUGAAAGACAGGGGAGGAGGCCUGUUUCCUAGUCGAGUUGCCUGGGGUUGCGAUUGUGUGAUCGGAUAUCCAAUUUCUGUGUUGUGACGCUGGAACGCGUCGACCGUCGUGCACCGGGCGUGGAGACUAGUCAAUUGAUGUGGAGACAACGGGAGGAAUGAACACUUGAAUUUUUAGGGUAGGGUUACUUGGAAGGGGUUGGAAGGAGGUGGAAGAGGAGUAGGAGGUGGUGGUGGUGGUUUAGAGGCAGUUUUCGGAGUUGAGUGAAAAGUUGCUGAGUGAACCUUUGAACGGUUGUGGAGGAAGAAGCGGGCGGUAGACGACGAGAAGAUGAAUAACGAGAGGAAGGUGAUCGAGUUGGAGCAGGGAUGGAGCUUUAUGAAGAAAGGCAUCACCAAGCUAAAGAAUAUUCUGGAGGGUGUGCCCGAACAACAGUUCAGCUCCGAGGAAUACAUGUUGCUUUACACAACCAUAUACAACAUGUGUACGCAGAAGCCUCCUCAGGAUUACUCUCAGCAACUCUAUGACAGAUACAGGGAGUCCUUCGAAGACUACAUCAAAUCCAAGGUAUUGCCUGCCUUAAGAGAGAAACACGAAGAAUUCAUGCUGAAGGAGCUUGUGAAGCGAUGGGAUAAUCACAAAAUUAUGGUUCGAUGGCUGUCUCGGUUUUUUAAUUACUUAGAUCGAUACUUCAUCGCAAGGCGAUCACUUCCAGCCCUUAGUGAAGUCGGGCUCAUGUGUUUCCGCGAUCUCGUGUACGCGGAGAUAAAGAUUAAUGUUAAGGAUGCUGUAAUUGCACUGAUUGACCGUGAGCGCGAAGGCGAACAAAUCGAUCGGGCGCUCUUGAAGAAUGUGCUGGGUAUUUUUGUUGAGAUUGGAAUGGGUAAUAUGGAUGCGUAUGAGUCUGAUUUCGAGACUUUUAUGCUCCAAGAUACAGCUUCGUAUUAUUCCAGAAAGGCAGCGUCCUGGAUUGAAGAGGACUCAUGUCCUGAUUAUAUGCUCAAGGCUGAGGAAUGUUUGAAAAGGGAGAAGGAAAGGGUUGGGCAUUACUUACAUGCUAGCAGUGAGCAUAAAUUGCUGGAGAGGGUACAGCAUGAAUUAUUAACUCAAUAUGAGCCACAGUUACUUGAGAAGGAGCAUUCCGGCUGCCACACUCUGCUAAGAGACGACAAAGUUGAAGAUCUUUCAAGAAUGUAUCGGCUAUUCUUGAGAAUUCCGAAGGGUUUGGAACCUGUGGCAGCCAUUUUUAAACUGCAUGUCACAGAAGAGGGAACUGCCCUUGUGAAGCAAGCUGAAGAUGCUGCUGGUAACAAAAAGGCUGAAAAGAAAGAUACUGUUGGAGUUCAAGAACAGGCCUUUGUGCGGAAGGUCAUUGAGUUACAUGACAAGUAUCUGCAGUAUGUGAGCGAGUGCUUCGUCAACCACUCCCUUUUUCACAAAGCCCUGAAGGAAGCUUUUGAAGUCUUCUGCAACAAGGGUGUUGCAGGGAGUACAAGUGCAGAGUUACUGGCCACAUUUUGUGAUAAUUUAUUGAAAAAGGGUGGAAGUGAAAAGUUAAGUGACGAAGCAAUUGAAGACACACUUGAAAAGGUGGUGAAGCUUCUUGCAUACAUCAGCGAUAAAGAUCUGUUUGCAGAGUUUUACAGGAAAAAGCUGGCUCGAAGGUUGCUCUUUGACAAGAGUGCUAAUGACGACCAUGAGCGUAGCAUCUUAACAAAAUUGAAGCAGCAAUGUGGGGGGCAGUUCACUUCCAAAAUGGAGGGCAUGGUGACGGAUCUGACUCUUGCACGUGAAAAUCAAACCAAUUUUGAAGAAUAUUUGACGGAGAACAUACAGUCGAGCCCAGGCAUUGACUUGACAGUGACAGUUCUAACAACUGGCUUUUGGCCCAGUUACAAGUCUUCCGAUCUGGCUUUACCAGCAGAGAUGGUGAAAUGCGUUGAAGUAUUCAAGGAGUUCUAUCAGACGAAAACAAAGCAUAGGAAGCUGACUUGGAUAUACUCUUUAGGAACGUGCAACAUAACUGGGAAAUUUGAUGCUAAGCCAAUUGAGCUAAUUGUUACCACAUACCAGGCUGCAGUGCUUCUGCUCUUUAAUGCUGAGGAUAGGCUGAGCUACAACGACAUCAAGAAUCAAUUGAACCUUACAGACGAGGAUAUCGUUAGAUUGUUGCACUCAUUAUCAUGUGCCAAGUACAAGAUUCUAAACAAAGAUCCACACACCAAGACUGUUGGGCAAACUGAUACCUUUGAAUUUAAUACCAAGUUCACUGACAAGAUGAGACGGAUUAAGAUUCCAUUGCCGCCGAUGGAUGAAAAGAAGAAGGUGAUUGAGGAUGUGGAUAAGGACAGGCGAUACGCCAUUGACGCAUCUAUUGUCCGGAUCAUGAAGAGUCGGAAAGUAUUGCCUCAUCAGCAACUGGUCUUGGAAUGUGUUGAGCAACUUGGGCGGAUGUUCAAGCCUGAUUUUAAAGUGAUUAAGAAGCGAGUUGAGGAUCUUAUUGCCCGUGAAUAUUUAGAGCGAGAUAAGGACAACCCCAACAUGUUCAAGUAUGUGGCAUAGAAAACCGAAGUCGGAGACCUAUGAGUCUUUUGUUGGUUCUACUUCCCACAAGAUCAGUAGGAUUGUUAGGUUCCGACAGAGACUUGAGCCAAUCAGAGAGGCUUGUGAACCCGUACCUGGUUUGUUGCGUCAUACAGCAGGGCAAUCACAAGCAGUUGAAAUACGUGGCGUGGAAAACCUGUAUUGGAGAACUACGAGCCUUAAAUUGGUUUCAAUUCAUCCUAGAUUUGUGGAAUUGUUCACUUUUCGAGAGAUAUAAGCCAAUCGUAGAGGCUUGCGAGCUUGUACCAGGUUUGUUACGUCAUACAGUAGGAGUUUAUAAAUUUGCGUUGCCAUUGUCAUUUGAUAUAUGUAGACACUUGUACUUAUUACCUGCCACUUGCACGACAAGUGGUAGUUAGUGGAGACUAGUGGGAAGGACAUAAAUGAAAGCUAUGACACGUCGUGUGUGUCUGCAUUUCGCUUAAUAGCAAGCACAGUGCUGUUAAGUUGGCUUUGAAAUCACUUGCAAGAGUGGUUCACAUUGACAAUGUUCUUGAUGUGCUUCACAUACAGCAUUUUUCUC